GAUUUGAUCUCUCAAGUCUUUAUAUAUAAUGGCUCCGCUCUGCGUUGUCUCCGUCUCUCCUUGUUCUCGUUCCAAUUGGCAUUUCGACAAACACCGCAUGUCCCUCUCGCUGGCGCACGGGCGCGAGAUGGCGGAGGAGGAGGGCACAAGUUUCAAGCUUUUCGGGACGGUGAUCCAGAAGGGGGACGGGCGAGCCAAGGAGGGCGAGAAGGAGGAGGAGGCGCCGCCGCAGCUACCGGAGCGGAUGGAGGCGCUGCCGUGCCCGAGGUGCAAGAGCAGAGACACCAAGUUCUGCUACUUCAACAACUACAACGUCAACCAGCCGCGCCACUUAUGCAGGACCUGCCACCGCUACUGGACCGCCGGCGGCACCCUCCGGGACGUCCCCGUCGGCGCCGGGCGCCGGAGGGGACGCCUGGGCCCUCGCGGAGGAGCCGCCGCCAGCUGAGUCAGACGCGUCCAGGUGGUCAUCCGGCGCCGGCGAGGGUUGACCCGAGGGACGCCGUUGACUUUGGAUGCUCCACGCCUAUAAUUCCUUGCUUUCGAUUAAAUCUUCAAUAUGUACAGGAUGAGAUCGAUACUUGAAAGUUACAAGAACAUCGUGCAAUUCCUAUGAGUAAAUGCUUUCAAUAUCAUAUGAAACU